CAUUAGUAUUUCGAGGCUAGCGACGAAAUCAAAACAAACGCUAUUGAAGCAAGUAAGAGAGAGGUCUGUUUGUGAAUCGUAAAGGCUAUAUGCUUCGUCGAGGAAUCCUCCGUCUCGGGCGUGGCCGAGCUGUCCAUCUGACACACCCGCCAGCGGUUAAGUUCAAUUUCCUUGCUGCCACAUCAAAGUUGACAAAUAAUGCGUGGCCUACGAGUCCAUUCCUCACGCAGCGGUUCUACUCGAGCGAUCCCAAUCCCACACCUCCCGCUAAGAUUCCCUUGGGCCAACUCCAAGGCCGUCUCCACCUAUGCUACACGUGUAAAGUGUGUUCCACACGGAACGCCAAGUUCAUUUCCAAGCAAGCCUACACCCAAGGUGUAGUGAUCGUCACCUGUGAGGGUUGCCAAAACCGCCACUUGAUCGCCGACAAUCUGGGUUGGUGGGCUGAGCUCCACGACCAAGGGUUGACCAACAUUGAAAAGAUCCUGGCGAGUCGAGGCGAAAAGGUGCGAACAGUGUCUCUGACCGCGGACGACCUGGAACUCGUGCCCAAGGCCCCGGAUGGAUGAGGAUCGAGAGAUUUUGAUUCGCUCAUGAGUCCUGACGAAAGGAUUAGUGUCCAACAUUACUUGGUAUCUAUAUUUUCAUGAUAAAAUGCCUAAUCCAGCCAA